UUUGGCAGAUUUUAGUGACUGAUCAAGUGAUGACUUUGGAGAAUGAGGCCAGCUAAGGACUGAACUGUACUUCUCUAAGAUCUUGGAUGAUGUGGCACCAUAAUCACAGACAGUGAGGAGUUCAACACAAACGAAAAAAGGCAGUACAGUAUGCAGCUACCUGGAGGGUGUUGAUAGAAAACUUAGAUUGCCCCCAAAUCACUGCUGAUUUGACUGAUGCCUCGGCUCUAUCAGAGAAAGGAUUUCAAUUAAGGUCCCUUUAGAUGGAAUUUAAUGCGGCAAAAACCUUGUCAUCAGAAGGAUUAAUGUCUGCAUUAGCAUUUCCGCAAUAAAAUCUGAAGCUAAGUGGUGGAGGCCACAGACACCUCAAACCUGGAUUCUACAGCUCUACAUUAAGUGCUGGAGUUUUUAUUACUUGCUGUAGGGAAGCCUUUGCCAAUGCUUACAAGGAACUGUUUAUCCCUGCUUCUCUGGGUCCUGUUUGAUGGAGGUCUCCUAACACCACUGCAUCCACAACUACAACAGACUUUAGAAGCACGGCCGAGAGAAAAUGUUGUCACAAUGCCAGGGAGGAGGUCAUCCGCCCAGCGGGUCAAACGAGGCUGGGUAUGGAAUCAGUUUUUUGUGCUGGAGGAAUACAUGGGCUCUGAACCCCAGUAUGUGGGAAAGCUUCAUUCUGACUUGGACAAGGGAGCGGGCACUGUUAAAUACACCCUCUCAGGAGAUGGAGCUGGCACAGUGUUUACCAUCGACGAGACCACAGGGGACAUACACGCCAUAAGGAGCCUUGAUCGAGAAGAAAAGCCUUUCUACACACUCCGUGCUCAGGCUGUGGACAUAGACACCAGGAAACCACUGGAGCCUGAAUCAGAGUUCAUCAUCAAAGUGCAGGACAUUAAUGAUAAUGAGCCAAAGUUCCUAGAUGGUCCAUAUGUUGCCAGUGUACCAGAAAUGUCUCCAGUGGGUGCAUAUGUGCUUCAGGUUAAAGCUACAGAUGCUGACGAUCCAACAUACGGAAACAGUGCCAGAGUGGUUUAUAGCAUUCUUCAGGGGCAACCAUACUUCUCCAUUGAUCCUAAGACAGGUGUAAUAAGAACAGCUUUGCCAAACAUGGACAGAGAGGUCAAAGAACAAUAUCAAGUCCUCAUCCAAGCCAAGGAUAUGGGAGGACAGCUGGGAGGAUUAGCUGGAACUACCACUGUAAACAUAACUCUCACCGAUGUCAAUGACAACCCACCCAGGUUUCCCAAGAGUAUCUUCCAUUUGAAAGUACCCGAGUCCUCCCUUGUUGGUUCAGCCAUUGGAAGAAUCAGAGCUGUGGAUCCUGACUUUGGGAAAAAUGCAGAAAUUGAAUACAACAUUGUCCCAGGAGAUGGAGGAAAUUUGUUUGACAUCACUACAGAUGAGAACACCCAGGAAGGGGUCAUCAAACUGAAAAAGGUACUUCAUAGAUCGCAAGAGUGAUUCAGACAGCUACUUUACAAUAGAUGGAUCUGAAGGAACCAUUGCAACUAAUGAAUUACUGGACAGAGAAAGCACCGCACAGUACAAUUUCUCUAUAAUUGCAAGUAAAGUUAGUAAUCCAUUACUAACCAGCAAGGUCAAUGUUAUAAUAAAUGUCUUAGAUGUCAACGAAUUUCCUCCAGAAAUUUCAGUGCCAUAUGAGACAUCUGUAUGUGAAAAUGCAAAACCGGGACAGGUAAUUCAGACUGUCAGUGCUGCGGACAAAGAUUUGUCCCCUGCUGGACAAAGGUUUUCCUUUAGACUGUCACCUGAGGCGUCCACCAAACCAAAUUUCACAGUCCAAGACUACAGGAACAACACAGCUGGAAUUGAAACCAGGAGAAGUGGCUACAGCCGUAGGCAGCAAGACUUGUAUUUCCUCCCAGUUGUGAUAGAAGACAGCAGCUAUCCUGUACAGAGCAGCACAAACACAAUGACUAUCCACGUUUGUAGAUGCGAUUCUGAUGGUACCAUCCUAUCCUGCAAUGUUGAAGCAAUCUUCCUACCAGUUGGACUCAGCACAGGAGCUUUGAUCGCAAUAUUGCUGUGUAUUGUUAUACUUUUAGUCAUUGUUGUGCUGUACGUAGCACUUCGAAGGCAGAAGAAAAAAGACACCCUGAUGACCUCUAAAGAAGACAUCAGAGACAAUGUUAUCCAUUAUGAUGAUGAAGGAGGUGGGGAGGAAGACACCCAGGCUUUCGACAUCGGUGCCCUGAGGAAUCCAAAAGUGAUUGAAGAUAACAAAAUACGCAGGGAUAUAAAACCAGACUCUCUAUGUUUCCCACGUCAGAGACCACCAGUGGAAGACAACACAGACAUAAGAGAUUUCAUUAAUCAAAGGCUGCAGGAAAACGAUGCGGAUCCCACUGCACCCCCUUAUGAUUCACUGGCAACCUAUGCCUACGAAGGAAAUGGAUCUGUAGCAGAGUCUCUGAGCUCUAUAGAUUCACUUACUACAGAGGCAGACCAGGAUUACGAUUACCUGAGUGACUGGGGACCCCGCUUUAAAGUCUUGGCAGAGAUGUUCGGAGAGGAAGAAAAUUAUAAUACUGAUAAAGUCACUUAAGGGGGGCGGGAGGACCCAAAAGGAAAGAAUAAGAAAACUAGAACAACAACAAAUUAAAAAUAAAACCCAGGCUUUAUAGGACAAGAUUCCUUUGAUUAUAAAAGACAGCACCUGUUUCCAGCAAGUUACUAUAUUUAUCAUACUGUCAGUUUUGAUUUGGUCUGCAAAGGGAGGAUAAACCCUGUAAGAUAUACUUUUUUGUUGUUGUAUUUUGUUACUUGGGAAUAACACUGAGACAAGCUCAGGCCUAUUAGCUACAAUGUACUGAUAUGACAACUUAGACGGAAGCUAGCUUUCUGGCAUCACGGUGGAAGAGUGGUAGAUUUUUCUUAAUUCCACUAAAGUGCCUAUUGAAACUUUUAUCAUUUAAAGUGGUAAAGACUCUGCUAUGAUAGUGUUACAGAACUGAGCUGUAAACUGGACAUAAAGGACAUUAUCUUUGUGUCAAGAAGCAAUAGCAACAUGCUGACUUCUAGUUCUUUUAAAACAAAAAUGAAGAUAACUUUCUGGAAUAUAUCCAGUGACCACAACUCAAGGGGUAGUGUUUUGGAUUUUUAUUUUAUUUUAAGGAAUAAUAAUUGUAUGCCAAGAUAUCACAUUUCUUCUGUCCGCAUUUCACUGAAAAAUUGAAUAAAAAAUGCUAUUACUCAAUUUCAAGAUGUAAAGCCCAAAAUUAAAAACACACCACACUUUGAUCUUAGCAUACAUAAAGGAAUAUUUAAAAAGUUAAUCAGUUACACUUUUUCCAGGAUGAAAGAGAAAAUUAUGAAAACAUCUAUUCCUUUAUAGGAAGAAAACUUCCCUUGACUCCCACUCAUCAUGUACAGACUGGUUAUUGGUACAUCAGUGGUGGUUUUAAGAGGGGUAAUGUAUUUUUUAGUAUCAGUGUUUUUUUCAUUGUAAGUAUGACUAAUGAAAUAUAUAUAAAGAACCACACAUCGCUUUUCUUUGAAAUUAGUUGGUCAUUCUGUCAAUAUUGUAGACAUACAUGACAGACAGGACAUAUAUGUUAAACUCCUGCUGGAACCUGCGCAACUGGUCCUAAAAUUUAAGAUAUGUCAUACUUUGGUAUCAGUACCACUAUGGUGUCAGAUGUUUCAAAUGUCUUAGAGCACUCUGAAAAUGAAGCCUACAGUAGUCUUCAAGAAAAUAUUCAGUGUCAGAUUAAAUUAUACAUGUAAAAUGUUUUAUAUACAUAGUCGUAUAUUUAGAGGAGUGGAUAUCAUUUCAAUCAUGUGGUACACAGGC